CUGCUGGAUGCGCGCAAGGCGGAGCUGAAGGUCCUGCUGCACUCAAGGACACUCGCUCUCCAGCAGCUGUGUGUCGUCUUAACACACACACACACACUGCAACAAGUAUGAGCCUUCAUACAGUCCCCCAUGUAUAAAUAGCACAGGCGGAGCUGACCUCCACAGAGUCCAGCAUCAGCGGACUGACCGCAGCCCAUGAGCAGCAGCACACGCAUGAACAGCAGCAGCUCCAGAUUAAAGCCCGUAUGACGCAGCAGGGCUCUCCACGGCACUGAUGCCACAUUAAAGCCCGCCGCCCUCCACCCACACCAUCAAUCUGAUGUGGAGAUCGAAGAGAGGAGGGCUCACAUGACUCCAGUCCAGACUGGGAGCCGAGCAGCAGUGUGUGGCAUCAUCUUCCAGCAUCAGCACCGCCACAGCUGGCGCAGAUCAUCCAUGCGCGCACCCCACAACAGCGAACACUGAGAGGAAAUACUCGCGCUUUCGCCUGGAUCUGGAGCACAGUCUGCGGAUGAGCAGCGAUGGGAGAAUGGACCAUACUAGAGAGGCUCUUGGAGGCUGCUGUCCAGCAGCACUCCACUAUGAUCGGAAGGAUCCUCCUAACUGUGGUGGUGAUCUUCCGGAUCCUGAUCGUCGCCAUAGUAGGAGAGACGGUGUAUGACGACGAGCAGACCAUGUUCGUCUGUAAUGCCUUGCAGCCGGGUUGCAACCAGGCGUGCUACGACAAAGCCUUCCCGAUCUCGCACAUUAGAUACUGGGUGUUUCAGAUCAUCAUGGUGUGCACGCCGAGCCUCUGCUUCAUCACGUACUCGGUCCAUCAGUCGGCUAAGCAGAAAGAGCGGCGCUACUCCACCGCCACCGUCUUCCUGACGGUGGACAACAAGGAGCAGGACUCUCUGAAGCGGGAGGAGGCCAAAAACCAGAAGAUCAAGAACACCAUCAUGAACGGAGUACUUCAGAACACGGAGAACUCCACCAAGGAAGCCGAACCUGAUUGCCUGGAGUCCAAAGAGCUAGUCAGCUCUAACACCAAGCCGGCCAAGUCCAAAAUGCGGCGGCAGGAGGGCAUCUCCAGGUUCUACAUCAUUCAGGUGGUGUUCAGAAACGCUCUGGAGAUCGGCUUUCUGGUGGGCCAGUAUUUCCUGUAUGGAUUCAACGUGCCGGCGGUGUACGAGUGCGACCGCUACCCGUGCAUCAAGGAGGUGGAGUGCUACGUGUCCAGGCCCACGGAGAAAACCGUGUUCCUGGUCUUCAUGUUCGCGGUCAGCGGGUUUUGCGUGAUUCUCAAUCUGGCCGAGCUCAAUCAUCUGGGCUGGAGGAAGAUCAAAACGGCGGUGAGGGGCGUGCAGGCCCGCAGGAAGUCCAUCUACGAGAUCAGGAACAAGGAUUUGCCAAGGAUGAGUAUGCCUAAUUUCGGCCGCACUCAGUCCAGUGACUCGGCCUACGUGUAAAGUGCGCUGGACGAAAACACCCAACUGCAGAGAUCGAUCGAAAGUGUGGACUGACUGAGAGUCCCGUCGCCAACGUAAGGUUCAUGACUCAAGAACACGGGGUAGGACUUUUAUUUUGUUACCGUUUUAAAGACUUCCUUGACAACUGUGGACGACCAACACGUUUGUAAAGCAGUACUGUUCGAUGCAACUUUUUUGGCAACGUUUGUACUCAAUGAGCUGACCGCGCAUCGCCUCUUGACACUUGACAUGACACCGCGUCGCACACAAUGCAUGCUACACGACUCCGACUUCAAGCGGCGGCUGACCCACCGUGAACGCUGCCACGUGAAGAGUGACCCUCGGAGCCGCUCUGCUGUCCUCGACGGCAGUCGAUACAUACGUCUUGCACUAAAAAGCGAACGUGACGAUGCUGACGUGAUAUUGUGUGACGCGACGCACAUCGGGAGAGUCUUGACACACCGCUCAUAAUCGGCUUCUAUGAUUUCUUUCUUUUGGGUUGCCUGUACUGCACCACUGACCUUAACGUAGGCGAACUCCAUUGCAGUGAGUGAGAGCAGGGGGGAACUUGCCGCAAUCUCCUUAAUUUUCAACACCAAAGCGCCCUCGGCUUUCAUUUGUCAUGUGGGUUUUUUUUCGCGCUUAAGUGUAAUCAAGUGCCAUACUUGUAUAUAAAUAUAUGCAUAUAUACAUAUAAAGUCUAUUCUGAAGAAUAUAAUCAUAUCCAUAAAGCAGAUUGAGCUACUUGCUUCAGCUGUAUUCGUUGUAAAUGAACUGAAAAUGGCAUAAUGCACCCUUAGCGUCUCAUUUUUGGAAAAACGACCAUACGGAGAUACAGCGCUGGUCUUUUUUCUACACUCCAGGACUUCGGCAAUGUUUUCUGCUCUGGUGCUGGUUUUUCAGCUAUAUUUGUACGCCGAAUUGACUCUUCUUUCUGUUUUUU